UUUUCAUUCAUUCCGGUUGACCUCAUGAGUUGUGCAGCUGUCUCCCAAAUUUGCUGAACUUUCGGUAUUUUAAUAGCUAAGUAGCUCUUUCUCGUCAGUCAGAUAUCCCGCUGUGUAUUUUAUCUGACCAGUUAAAGUGAUGUGCCAUAUGACAACUUGUUAUUCUUAUAUAUUAACGUUAAAAUCCUCCGACCUAUAAUUGAAACCAACUUCUUUUUCUAGCGUUAGCUAAGUUAGCUAGGCUAACUUCUCCAUGGCACCUCUCCGGGUCCUGUGCAUCCAUGGUUACCGUCAGAACGGCAGCUCGUUCCGUGAGAAGACGGGAGCUCUGCGGAAGCUGUUGAAGAAACAAGUGGAGCUUGUUUACCUGAGUGCACCGCUCAGUGUGCAGCAAGCCAGCAGUGAAGAAGCUCCAGAGAAGGAGAAUGGUUCAGGUCCUGGACCUGGAGGCGACGAGGACCCCAAGGGUUGGUGGUUUUCUGACACCCAGGCUCGGAGUUUCAGCGCUCAGCAGCAGUGUGAGGAAAGCCUGGGGCUCGAUGAGAGCGUGACGGUUGUGAGAGAAGCAGUGAAGGUCCAAGGUCCAUUUGACGGCAUACUGGGCUUUAGUCAGGGAGCAGCUUUUGUGGCCAUGCUGUGCUCUCUUCAGGAGCAAAAAGUGGAGCCGGAGUUCAGCUUCCGCUUUGCCAUCCUUGUCGCCGGUUUCCGCAGUGCAUGUAAGGAACACCAAAAAUUCUACAGCGCUCCCCUCCAGAUCCCCUCCCUGCAUGUGUUUGGACUGGAGGACAGAGUCAUUCCUGACAACAUGAGCAGGGAGCUCCUCCCCUCCUUCCAAGACCCUCAGAUCCUGAUGCAUCCUGGUGGCCAUUUUGUUCCUGCUGCAUCUGCUCACAGACAAACCUACCAGGACUUUCUCAAGAGGUUCUAGUGAGAAACGAAAGUCACAGAAACUCAAGUCAGGUGCUGAAUAAGUGAAGUGCUGCAAUCCGUGAUGAAAAGAAUCAAGCAGUGAAAUAUGGCCAGGGAAUGUGAUUAUUUAAUGUUCAGAAAAAUCUUGUGUGAUUCCAGAGGCACUUGGGGUAAAAAUGCCAAGUUCAGAGUCAUGACCUUUGUGCUCUGGAAGCUGUUAUUUUUUUAUCCUCUGAUGUGAUGCAUCCAAAACAGUAAGUACAAUGACUGGUGUCCUUCUCAGGGAAGAUGUCUUGCAACAGACAAUAAAUCAAGUGACAGUUGUUUAUUUAAUGUAUUCUGGUCUCUGUUUCUUUUUAUGAGCUCUUUCCCGCACAUCUGGUGUGAAAAGGACAAAUUUAAACCAAACUGUGUAACCCUUGCAUCAACUCCCACUUGAACUCUGGGAUUAAUAAUUAAAUAACCAAUUGCAUCAUGAAGUUCUCAGCUUUCAACUGGUAUAUGAAUUUUCUGAAAUAUUGUGGAAUUCUGUGUUGAACUAAGAAGAGACUGAGAUAAUGAGAUAAAGGUCUCAGUAUGCUUCCAACAAACAAAGGUCUAUACGCAAAAGUGUCUCCACCUGUGUCUGAAUGGUCACACUAGGAGGCAGGACUGAAAGCCUGCUGUCAUAGCCUCCUCCUGGCUGCAUCGCUCUGUCUACUAUCUCUCUCUCUUUGCGUGCGUCUCCUUAAUGCAAGGAAUCAUACAAAUCUCCUCGAAGGCAUUCGUGGUGUUGCACUCUGUUGAAAAGUGACGGGAAUUGUGUCGUGUGUGAAGAAUGAAAAAGGAGAGUUCAGACCUCAGCACACGUGGCUAGUUGCUGCCUAAAGUUAGCUUGAUUGAAGGAUUGUCUGGGAAAGUUGCAAAAUUGUCUGACUCUAUUUGCCGCUGUCAGAAAGGGCGCUUUCAGACGCUGUAAUACGAUCCGACCAGCACUUUGUUUGAAGUGUACUGAGGCCUUUAGACAGAUUGGCAGAUGGGAACAAUCAGGAUAUUUGUUUAAUUUGUUUGGAAACUAGAUGAACAUCAUGAAAUAUUAAAAAUGACUCAUUUUACAGGAAUAAACGUAAAUGUAUUUUUCCUACAUUAAUCUCAAUAGUCAAAGCUAAAGAGUGUUCUCCCCUUUAUAAAAACAACACUAUGCUAGGAGAGGACUGACAUUUUUAAGUUCUGGGAACACUCCACCAUGACUGCGGAAAGUUAUGACAAGAAUUUUAUAUCAGAGCCACAGUGGAAACCUUGAUUUAAUAAGUUUGAGUAAUAUUUUGCGUAACAUAACUUUGCAAACUUUGCUUUGUGUAGUAUUGUGACAGCUGUUACUAAAGAAUAUCUUGGCCUCAGUUUAAACAAAUGCAGGUACAUGAGGAGGGGGAAAAAUCAGAUUUUUGAACAAUUGUUGGAGUCAUCUUUACGCAUCAUAAUGUGGGCACUGAGUCAUUUUCACGCAUAUUGAAAUUAAAUUGCAGUGUAUAGGGAGCAUCACCUGUGAACAGUAAUGAAGGGUUGCUCUGCCACCCAGAGGCGAUGUACCUCAGUGAUUGGUUUGAAGGUGUUUCCUCAUAUGCGGGUUACGUAGACAGGUUUAUGCACACACUCAAAUGCACAGGGUUCAAGGACAUGUUGUUCUUUUAUAGCAGAACUCAUGUGCACUUCAGACUGCACUCAUUCGAUUGUUUCCAGAUGUUUGCUCUCUCCUCUCUACCUCUCUCUCUCUCCCCUUCCCUUUUGCUUUCAUCUCCCACUGGCCUCUACCUCUCUUCCAACUCUCCUCAACAUCCUCCUCCCUUCCACAUCCUGUGUGUCAUCAGCUUUGGGCGCAACAUACCCUAUCACAUGUCUGCUACAUUUAUGACAUGGACAAAAAUAGUUUUGUUUGUCUGGAUAUCUCAAAAUCCACUCUUGAUCCAAAAACUACAGACAGCUGUGGGCUGUUGUGGGUGGUUAUUUGCCUUGCUGCGAUGAAAUUCCAAGGUGAAACAGCUUAUAUACCGCUUAUAUCAAGUUCCUCUCUUGUAAACACACACUCUCGCUCUCUUAAACAAUCUGUCCUAAUGUUUAUAACAUGUCACCUGUUUCGACAUCUAAAUGAGCUACCACUGCCACUCAGAUAUCAUGGCUACGUGGUCUUGUUUCACCAUCAUAUUCAUUCUCUCCUGUGCUCCCCCGUGGCCCUUGUGUCCCUCCAAGACCUCACAGCAGACACACACUCACACACAUGGUUUUGAUAACAAGUAGAGACGAACGGAGAGAGUGAGUGAGCGAGGCAAACAGUAAAAGAAAAACACAGAGGGUCACUCUUGCCAGUAAGUUUUACAACAGAGCUGUGACUCUCUUCUCAGGAAUCCGUUCCCCCUGUUGCACAACAACCGGGAAAUAAUGGAAUGAGAGACAGAAACAGAUGAGGGUGGAGUUAUCCUCCCUCCCUCGCUCUUUGCCUCCCCCUUUUCUCUCUCUCCCACUCUGCCCCUCUGGCUGUUGCGGUUAAAAAGGGAGAGUGAGGGCACAUUCAAGUUUUUCACCGCGUUUAAAUGAUCACUUUUUCCCUCUUCCCCUGGUGGAGUAUGUGGAAUGGAGCAGGGGGCAGAGGGGUGUGUCAGAGCACAGAUGGACUCUAUUUUGAUUAUGGAGCAUUUGUUGUUAUGGGAGACGGAAGGCGGGGAGGGGCUACGUGGUGCGUGUGUCUAUAUAAGACUUGCACUUAAACUCCAAAGAGCCUGGUCAUCCCAAGGCCCAGCCUCGUCCAGACACUUUCCAGAGAAAGUUGACCAACUCUGCUUUGUUACUCCAGCUUCCACUACUGACAGCUAUCGCCGGAAUAAUCAAUUAUUAUAAGCGAUUACGAGACAUUCAGCAGAGGACUUGAGAGUUUAUUACCUGGCCUUCAACUUUUGGAUUUACCUGCAUUGUUUUGCAACUAUCAUUGUAAUUUGCAAUGUUCUGAACCCAACAAAGAGACAACGCUGAAGACAGAGGGGCUGUUUCGUAGUUUGGAUUUUUAACCUGAGUUGUCACACCUCUGUGAAAAGAUGGAUAUUUAAUUGACAUUAAUAUCAAUUCAUUUAAGUCUAUGCAUGUCUGCAUAUGUUUAUGUGCGCUUGCACCAAUUAAUUGGUAUGCUGGUGUGGGUGGAUGUGAUGUAACUUCAUGGUGGAUGUUUUCCAGAGGUAUGGCCUGGUAUGGUAUGUCAUGGGAUUUAACCAUGCCUCUCUGCUUCCUGUGUUUGUUUGUGUGUCUGUGUGUGUGGGUUGGUGUGUUUGUCUGUGACUAGGUGUGCAUGUGCACCUGCAUACUUUGCAUAGAAAAAGAAAGUAACCUCAUGAUGUGAGAGCUGGUUAGAUAUGCAGUGUGUUUGACGCAUGUGUGAUGUGUGUUGACACAUGAACAGAGGGAGUAUAUUUAGAGUUGUCAGUCGAAUUGCUAUUUAAACAGAAAAGCUAGGGAAGGAAAAGUCAGUUGAUGUCAGCUAAUGACAUCAAACUACACAGUGAAAAAAAUAUAUGCUGCAGUAUUAGUGUGAUAUCUAGGCCCAAACAAUGGACAGUGGGUGUUUAUGUGUGUGUGCGUGGGUGUGUGUCUGCAUAUUUCUUCCUCCAUAUGGGUGUGAUUUGGUCAUUUGUUACCCAGUACUUGCAUACUCACACACUUCUGGUUUGCUUCUACUUUGUGGUUUUCUUGUUUGUGUGGACAAAGUGUACUUUGGCUGGGGCCAAAACUUGGUCUGGUUUUUAGCCCCGUCCAGCCAUCAUGCGUAGCAUUCUCUCUAUCUAUCCCUCACACUGAUUUCAGACAUACAACAUAUUGUCAUUUAUUUGUUUGAUGGCUGGGUGCCAUAAACAAACAGUAACAGAUUUGAGCUCCUGCAACAUCCUGUCUGUGAUUGGCCACUCAACCUGCUCUAUGUGGAUGUUGCCUGGUUAAAACGGUCACUUUAAUUCCAGUAUGUUCAGAGGUUGUGCAGAUUGUUGACUGAGGAGGUACAGAGGUGAACUGAGGACACAGCUGAGGCCGACUGAAGUUAGGGCAGCGGCCAUUUGAUGUAUGAUGUCAUCUGCAGUCGUUGGUCUGUGCUUUACUGGACUGUUUUAGAGGCUGUGGCUGCACCCUGGCAAGGAGAGAUGUGGUUUGGCCGUCCUUAUAGGUGCCUAACUGACACUACUGGGGUAAAUAUUAGUCAUCGUGACUUUGGAGGAGGACUGUGGUAGAGUCUGGAUAAGACAGAGAGAGAAGAAGAGAGAGAGAGAGAGAGAGAGAGAGAGAGAGGCAUGUCUCGGCUCACAUAUCCAAAAAAUGUGAACACUGUUGCGCAAUCUUGUUUUGUUUCAGACAAUUAUUAAGAGGUUUGAAGGGUGAAAAACGGACAUUACAGUAAUUCCAUCAAGAGCCUUUGCUUGUGUAGCUCAGUGAGCAUUCAAAACUAAACAAACAAUAACAAUGAAAUAGCUACUGAAAGUAAUGACCAUAAUAAAAGUCAUAAAACCUUGAUGGGUGUGCAGUUACACCAGACUAUGUCAGCCUUGCACUGGGACCUAAUGUGGGAUCGUUGAAGUGUAGACGGGGUCUAAGACUGAUAUACUAAUAUUUAUUUGACAGGUUUAUUGGUUAAAAUUAAUUCUGAGCCACUUCAAUUCUAUAAUAUAUAAACCUUUUUCAAGAUUGACAAGACUGAGAAAUCCAAAGCAAUGAUAAACAGUAGACCUAUGCAGUGACUAAUCAGUGGAAUGCUCCUUUAAAUGUGGUUUGACUUGUAGUGAUACCUGUGCAUAACUUUACUUCUCUGAACAGUAAGAGUUUAUGUGCUGUUGUUUAUCUUGUCAGCACAUGAGCUUUUACGGUGCAGGGAGGCAGAGGAUAAACAACUGUUCAUCCAACUUAUCUUUUAUUUUCUUUUGUUCUCUUUUCUUCAGUCAGUCAGCACACAGCAAAUGUGUUGCCAUUUUAAAAGAUCAUGGACGAAGAAGAUGAUGCAGUGAAGAGUAAAAUAGUUUUCUCUCCAUAAACGUCUGUAAAUCUUUAGUUAGUAUGCUCUGUAAUAAGUAAUGACAGUUAUGUGCCUCAUAUGAUUGUACCACUCAUCUUAGUUAUUAAAUCCACAUGGUAAAGCGGUUUAUGUUGAUUUUGAUGUUAAGAACUAAGAACUUAAUGCUGACGACAGCCUGAAUUGCUCAGUUCUGUGUAUUUUCAGCUCUUUUUCACUAACUUUGAAAAACUCUACUUUCUAGGAUAUGAGAGUUUGAACAGCUGCCACACAUGAUUUGAAUGGAAAUCUACCUUUUUGUCUUGCUGGAAUGUCGAGUUGUUCAAAUAGUAUUUGUCUUGUUUUAAACAACUUUUCUACUCAGACUUAAAUAACACCAUGUGUCACAUCAGUUACAAACUGUAACUACAAACAAAAGGCAGCUGCCUUAGCAAGGAUCCACAAAACACUGUGGCAAAUGUUUUUCAUUUUUAUUUUAUUAAAUCAGGCACAUGUUUUGCUCCAAAACAUUAUCAGCUUGGAAAAAGUUUAGUACCUCUGUUAUAAGCAAUCCUGACCCGUAGAGGGCAGAAUAACUCUGGAUAUUAUAGAGUAGUGCUUGAGGAAGAGUGGGACAUGGGAUUAGUCCAUUCCUUGUGUGUGUGUGUGUGUGUGUGUGUUUCAUGUUCUUAUAUCCCAGUGGGGACUUUAAUCUGAAUGUACACUAACCCAUGGGGACUUGUGUCACCAUGGGGACAAAAAUUGAGGUUCCCCAUGGGUAGAGACUGCUUUUUGAGGGUUAAGACUUGGUUUUAGGGUACAGGUUACAAUUAGGUUAAGGUUAGAGUUAGGGUAAGGGUUAAGUUUAGGCAUUUUGUUGUGAUAGUUAAGGUUAGGGUAAGAGCUAGGGAAAGCAUUAUAUCAAUGACUGUCCCCCAAGGGGAUAGUGAAACAAAUGUGGGUGUGGGUGUGUUGGUUGUGAGCAUACUGUAUGUGUGUAUCUGUGCAUACAUAAAUGUAGUUUAGCCCACCUGUGCAGGGCCCAGUGUGCGGUUUGUGUCUGCCUGCAGGUUACAGCGCUGCCUACUGGGAAUUCCUGGCUGUGCUGCUUUGAAGUGAGGCUGCUCAUGUCUGAGCGGAACAGGUGUUGGAGCUGGCUGACUCAUCCGUUCAGCAUGUGCUCUUUGCAUUCAUUACUGCACUCAGUGAUCAAACCAUAAAGAAACACAUUACACCUAAUAAAGUACGAGUGAAAAGCAA